AGUGGGAGUGGGAUCCGGCUUUCGUUCGCAUCUACUUUGAGUAUUACGGCAGCGGGGCCGGGAGCAGGGACCAGGGAGCCUCAUUGAAUCAGCCGCUGCUCUCACUGGCAGCAGAGCAUCCCAGUUCUGCACCCGGCUAGAGUAGCUUUCCCACAGCUCACAUACACCAGCCCCGCACCAUGGCCAAGGAAGGCGCGGAGAAAGCGGAGGAGACCGAGCAGAUGAUCGCCAAGGAGGGCGGGCCCGAGGCGGCCCAGGGCGGAGGCGGCGGAGGCGGCAGCCCUCGGGCCGCGGACACCAAGGAGAUGCGUGCAGUGCUGCUGGCCGGCUUCGGCGGGCUCAGCAAGCUGAGGGUUAGCCGGAGGCCCAUGCCCGAGCCCCAGGAGGCCGAGCUCAAGAUCCGCGUCAAAGCCUGUGGUUUAAACUUUAUUGAUCUGAUGGUGAGACAAGGGAAUAUUGACAACCCUCCCAAGACUCCUUUGGUCCCUGGAUUUGAAUGCUCUGGGAUUGUGGAAGCCAUUGGAGACAAUGUGAAAGGCUAUGAGAUCGGAGACCGUGUCAUGGCGUUUGUGAAUUACAACGCAUGGGCAGAGGUUGUUUGCACACCAGUGGAGUUUGUCUACAGGAUCCCAGAUGACAUGAAUUUCCCCGAGGCUGCCGCCUUCCCCAUGAACUUUGUAACUGCCUACAUGAUGCUUUUUGAGGUUGCCAACCUGCGAGAAGGAAUGUCAGUGCUAGUGCACUCUGCUGGAGGUGGCGUGGGCCAGGCUGUUGCUCAACUCUGCUCAACCAUCCCCAAUGUCACAGUCUUUGGAACUGCUUCUUCCUUCAAGCAUGAAGCCAUCAAAGAUUCAGUCACCCAUCUCUUUGACAGAAAUGCUGACUAUGUGCAGGAGGUUAAAAGAAUCUCUCCAGAAGGUGUAGAUAUUGUCUUGGACUGUCUAUGUGGAGAAAACACAGGAAAAGGCCUCAGUCUUCUCAAACCUCUGGGAACAUAUAUUUUAUAUGGAUCAUCAAACACCGUGACAGGGGAGACCAAGAGCUUCUUCAGCUUUGCAAAAUCAUGGUGGCAGGUUGAGAAGGUGAACCCUAUCAAGCUAUAUGAGGAGAACAAAGUCAUUGCUGGAUUUUCGCUCCUCAAUCUCCUUUUUAAACAAGGCCGAGGAGGCCUGAUUAAAGGCAUAAUGGACAAACUCAUAGCCCUGUACAACGAGAAGAAGAUCAAACCCAUGGUGGACUCUUUAUGGGCUCUGGAAGAGGUGAAAGAAGCUAUGCAGAGAAUCCAUGACAGGGGCAACAUAGGAAAAUUAAUUUUGGAUGUUGAAAAGGCCCCAACUCCCUUGAUGGCCAAUGACAGCACGGAGACGAGUGAGGCUGGAGAAGAGGAGGAAGACCACGAGGGAGACAGCGACAACAAGGAGCGAAUGCCCUUCAUCCAGUAACGGUCCCUCCAUCCAACGAAAGGAGGGCAGAUGUGGUUGGAGGAAGGGAACCGGACUGGGGAAUCUAUUCUGUGCGCCCGUGAACAAAAGCCGUAGUGCCGUGUGUGUUGUGUUUGUCUGCAGUCCGCCGAGCUAUAAAGCUGUUGAUUGUUGUUUUUUGAACUUCAGUGCCCACCCCGCCCUGCUCAGUCUCGCAUCUUGGCAUUGGUGUGACCUGCCAUCCCUCUUCCUUGUGUGAGCGAGGUCUGCCGAUGGUGGUUUCCUCUCAGUAUUCCUACAACAGCCUUGUAAAUUAGGAUGAGCCCACAGGCCCAACACCUAAGAGAUAUCCCUGCUUCAGGAGGGAUUGGAUUCCUAGAUCCUUUCUUAAGAUUGUAGGAUUUUUUUUGCCUGGCAGUAAACAUGGUAGAGUUUGAAGAAAAGAUAGAGCAUUUGAUAAGUCUUAGGAUUUUUCAGACCAGACCUGCUACUCACUGCCCCAUGGCAGCCUGCCAUUGCCUUGGCUUUAGGAUAUAGAAACCAGACCGACUCAAACAAAGUAGGCCAAAAACAAGGGCCAUGGGUUAGUGGACUCUUGAAACCAUUCCAAUACCACUACUCUUUUACCUAAUCAUUGGGUCUCUUUCUCGUGUUUAUUAAGUCAUAUCACUGUUCUCUCUUGUGGAACCUCCUCCAAAUCUUUAUUUGUGGCUCUUUUUAGGAAGGAAAGAAAAGGUGUACAAUCUGUGGGCUUUCAGGAAAGACAAUGUAAAUGGCCUUGUUUGAGAAAGCAAGAGGUAGAACGGUAACAGGUGUUGUCUGAAGUUACAUUUCAUCUCCAACAAAAUAUUCUUCCCAGAUGCCACAUUUUUAAAUCGAUGAAAUUAUAUCAUAGAGUGUGGCAGGUGGGAAGCCCAAAUUAGUUCCUGAGAGGCUGUAAUUACACUAGGAUUUUUGCACAUUAGCCAUCAGAAGGCCAAACUGAGCUGUAUUUAAGCCACUUUCAGUAUUGAUCCCCUAAGAACCAGAAACUUGCAGAACUUGUAUACAAAAGUCAGGGAAAAUCUUUCCUUGUUUAGAGCUUUGUGCCAAUCUUGAACGUUUGUUGAUGAUCCAAAAGGUUAAUUUUCAUUGGCUAAAGCCAAACACAAAAGUAGCCGGAUCUUUUUUGAUAUGCAGUGUUUCCAGAGAGCCACCAUUUCAGAGACUCUUUGGAAUAACUUUCCCUUCUUCAGUUCUUCAGUAUUUUAAACAAUCUGCAGUUUCAUUAGUAUGGGUGCUUCCUUCACUUAUGCAGAUCUCGGCCCCUUCCUGCCUUAGUACAUGUUCUUUUUGAGAGACUGUGGCCAAAAACAUUCAUCCCAAGGUGACUAACCAUCUGGUGAAGAGCCUUUCCAUACACACAGCUAGGCUGGUCCCAAGGUGACAAAGUCUGGCACUAGAAGCAAGUAGCUGGAAUGACCUAAUCCCUUUGAAACCAAUAACCAAUUAUCCGUAUACCUCUGAAAAUAUUAAACAUGAUUUCCCUUCCCCUUUUUUAAGGAACAGCUAACAUAGCUACCUCCCAAGGAUGGGUAGAAUCCCUAGGCCUUAGACAGAAGCACUUCAUAUUAAUUGUCUCCACUAAGCAGCUCCACAGACAGGCUCUCUUCCCCAAAGACAUCCAUAUGACCACGCCAAUCUCCAAACAAAAUAGGAAAUAGGGAGAGGCUGCCUGGUGCCUCAACUUACUUUCUGUUCCUGUAGGAAAUAGGAGGAUUCCGAGGGCCCCGUCUCUCACAAACUGAGGACCCUAGUUCUCCCACAGUACUCCUGGGCAGUCGUGAUGAAUAUUUAUUCCAAUACCCCCCAAAGUGAUGGGAAUGAAGGAGUCUUUUGUAAAUUGUUUACACAUUUCCUAAGAUACCCUCAUUUCUCCUCCAUCGAUGUAGCAUAUUGGACACCUCAGAAAUUGUGCUCCUUUCAUGGCAUUCAGCAUGGGGUAGGGAGGGCAGCUGUGAAGUUGCCUCAUUUGUGCCAAACCUAAGUCAGAAAUGAGUUUCCCUUGAUUGUGUACAUGAUGUAAGUAAUAUUAUACAUUUAGAGGAGGGGAAGGAGGGGCUACCCUUAGAAGUUUAUCAAAAGGCAAUUUUCCAUGGAAAUAAAAAAUAUUUCCUAGUUAAUAUUGAUAGAAUUUUCUCUUUUCCAUGUCAGGAGCUAAGUAUAUUCCAUCCCCGUGCCAUUUAGAGAGAUGGGCGAUAUACUCUAGUGAGAACUGUUGUUGGGUUUUACUGUGGGCUUUGUCCCAUUCUGUAGUUGUGUCUUGUUUAUUUGUCUUACCUCUCCCAGAAACACAUCCAAAAUGGAGGCAGAGGAGAACCCCAACAGAGCUAUGUACCCCGUGUGUCCGAGAGGCACUGGAAAAGCUUCUGCCAGCUGGAAAGAGUCAGGUGGUAGUGGGGAGAUCCAAGUGGGAUGGCGAAGGGAAAGUCCUGGAGCUCAGCGGUUUAGAAAUGAAGCAUUUGGGGGAAUCUCGGUAACUGGGAAGGGGAAGCGGGAUGCCCAUGCUCUCCAGCUCUUCCUGGUGUUAUAAAUGGGCCAGUGUAACCAUCUGCCACUGUGGCAGUCAAAGGCCAGUGCUGCCCCCCAGACACUGCCUGCAGGCACCAAAGGGGGUGCCAGGGGAUGCGAGAUCAGCACGCCUGACAAAAUCUGUCCCGACCAGGCCAGAGCUGAUCCCAGGGCUGGAGGGAUGCGUGGAGCGAAGAUAGAUGCGAGCUCUACCAGUUGCUGUUUGUAUCACCCUCUUUCCAGUCAAAUGAUUGUUUUCCUGGAGCAAAGGAAAGUCUUGAUUUGCCUUAAAGGAACUGUGAAGGCCUCUUUGGAACUCAAGCCUGAUUGGAGUGAUUUUAAACAUUGUUUAAUUGUCCCUGUUGCUUUAGAGCUUUGGUUAUAUUGUGCCUACCAAGUAAGUUAUGUUUACAUUAAAAUAUGAAUAAAAUAUCACGCAUAGCAUUAA